AGAGUCACAUGAAGUUGCUGCUGCUGUCGGUUAGAGGAAACAGAAGCAGCAGCGGUCGCAUUAAUAGCCGAUCUCUCGACACACUUGGCGCCUUUAUCGCUCACACACUUCAAGUCAGGCAACUUGUCACAGCAGGGCAAAGUCAACUGUGAAGCUCGUCUAACAUGAUACCGGACACACUCCCGUGUGGCCUUUUCCCUGCCACGGACAUUGCGUCCGCCACCAUUAGCGAUGGCAUCUUGCUGGUCUGCCACAGCCUGGAGGCAGCCAAGAAGGUUGGCCUCCCCGCAGUCCUUUUGGCUCCAAUUGAGGACCAGGCUGCAGUGGACGAGAGUCUGCACUCGGAGGGCGCUGUCCUCAGGGUGCAGCUGCCACAGAAGAGGCUGGUUUACGCCCCCACUGGUGAAAUUAACCCAGAUUAUGAUGACGUCAGAAGCUUUGCGGAGGCUGGAGCUAAAGCUGUGAAGAGAGCACUCAAAGCUGGUGUCAAGUGUCCUCUGCUGAUUUUGCCUUCAGACUGUCCUGAAUUUCCGGAGUGCGAUCUGGUCACACUGCUUGGUGUCCUAGAAGCUCUCUAUGUGCCACUUCAACUGCGGGAAGCGGACAAGAGUCGUGCCUCCAAAGUUCAGAGCUUGCAUGUUUGGCACAGCAACCCCAAGCGGCUUGAGUACGUUUUAAGGUUUGGUGGUGCCAUUGAGCAAGGCAGGUUCAUUGCUCGGGACCUGGGAGGUGGGGACCCUGAGCGAAUGGCACCACCCAAGUUUGCGCAGCACCUGGUUAGCCUGUUUGAGGGAAGCAAGAACGUUAAAAUAUCAGUAAAUUCGGAUCAGAAAGAUUUGGAGAAAAAGUACCCAUUGUUUGGAGCUGUCAACAGGGCAGCUAGUGUGAUUGAGAGACACCGCGGCUGUGUUAUUGAUCUCGUUUACCGUGGCGAAGGCGCCAUUGACAAAACGCUUUGUCUGGUUGGAAAGGGAGUGACCUAUGACACCGGCGGCGCGGACAUCAAGGCGGGUGGACACAUGGCAGGAAUGUCUAGGGACAAGUGCGGAGCUUCAGCCAUUGGUGGAUUCAUGCAGACCCUGAGCGUCUUGGCACCGAAAGGAAUCGAGGUGCGAGCCAAGCUGGGAGUGGUGCGCAACAGUGUCGGCGAAAACUGUUAUGUGGCUGAUGAGGUCAUCAUUGCAAGGAGUGGAGUGCGUGUUAGGGUCGGAAACACUGAUGCAGAAGGCCGCAUGGCCAUGUGCGAUCUUCUCACUGAGUUCAAGGAAGACUGCAGCAAGGAAAAAAUCGCCAAUGCUCACCUGAUGACAAUAGCCACUCUGACUGGCCAUGCCUGUUUAGCUGUUGGAUUAGGAUAUUCGAUUUGCAUGGACAAUAGUGUUGCUCGCAAGGAAGACCACUCCAGGAAUCUGCAAAAGGACUCAGAAGUGAUUGGAGAUCCGUUUGAAAUCAGCACCAUCAGGCGCGAGGAUUAUCAGUUCCACAAAGGAGAGGGACAGGUUGAAGAUGUGCUGCAGUGCAACAAUAAACCAUCAAGCCAAACAGCCAGGGGUCACCAGGGACCAGGUGCCUUUCUGCUGCUCACGUCAGGUCUAGAUAAGCAUGGCUUGGGCUCCAGCACGCCUCUGAAGUAUUCGCACUUGGACAUAGCUGCCUCAGCAGGCGAUCUACCUCAUGAGCCAACUGGUGCUCCGAUUGCUGCGCUCGCAUUCCACCAUAUCAAGUCGCGUAUCUAAUUUGGAAACCAAAGAAAUCGUUACUUAUUUUUUGAUGAACGGGAUGUUUUUCUUAUUAUUGAAUUAUGGGGAGUAGAUGAGUUAAAUCUUGCAAAAUGAGUGUGUCGCUCAAUUGUGAAACAGUCUGAAAGAUUUUUUCUUUGUGAACUGAAAAAAAUGUGCUUUGCUAACUUGAAAUAAAUAAUUUAUGCGUACCUACUUAAAAA